CCUUGCAUAUGCCUCGAAAGCGAAAAGCCGAUGCAGAUGACGAGGAUAACAAUGCGCCGCAAUAUGGCUGCAAGAAAUCCAAAAAUCCUCCUGCUGCUGUCGAUAGGUUCACCAAGCUGCCAAGGGAUGUCCAUUUAGAGAUUUUUGGGUACAUAGAUCCUCUAGAUCUCCUUCACUUCGCUCGUCUGACGAAGGAACUCCGAGCUGUCCUGGUGGACAAGGCGUCGGUCGCUGUUUGGAAGGCGGUCUGCAGGAACGCUGAAUUACCGGGGCCUCCAGAGGGAGUAUCAGAGCCGGCAUGGAUUAGUCUCAUAUACGAGUCGAGGUGCCAUCACUGCCAGAAAUACGUCCGUUUCCCAGAUUUCAGCCUUCGUAUUCGAAUCUGCCACGCCUGCGCCAAAGUGCACCUGAGGGAAGUCCAAAGUAUCUACCUUUGCCGUACGCAGGAAGAGGUCACGAUCUCUCGCUUGAUCGUCUCCAUGAUACCCCUGGAGUACGUCAAAAUUACGGGAGGGAGGAAGAGUUGGGACGAACUGUACUUUCUGCCGAAGGAUUUUGAAGCGGUCCGCGCUAAGCUCAUCAGUCUUAAGCCGGAAGAGACAGAAGCUUAUAUCGCAGAGAGAAAACAAUUUGUUCGCUCGAAUGAACGAGCGGCGGACUAUUACCGCUUAUGGUACGACCGACGCCCGGCUUCUAAUGUCUCCAUUGAUGCAAAGAUUGGCCGCAUUAAAGCUAUACGCGAAAAGCUUAUCGCCAUGGGCUAUGAAAACGAGCUCAACAAUAUCAGGUAUCCCGACAACUUCUUUACCCAUCCUCUAGUAAACCAAACUCGCGCUCUUACUGAUCGAAUCUGGGCCAAUAUCAAAGACAAACUCGUAACUUAUAUGGAAUCAAUGAAACUUAAACGUCUCGCCCGAGAGCGCAUGGACGUUGUCAAUUCCCGAAAGACCCUUGCUGUCGAGAUUCUACGCGAAUUCAAGAAUACCUUCUCUCCAAGUCUUGUACUUCCCUCUCUUACCGAUUUCCUUAACUCGCCGCUCGCCAACUCAAUAUUAGAACUUCCGUCUGAAGUCGAGGUUACUCACCAAACCUUUGCUCCAGUCACCUCCGGCUUAUCGGCUUUCUGCAUUGCUUGGAGACACGACGUCCAUCGCCGGCUAGCAGAGUUUGUUAUCGGGCCUGGAUCAACCUUGUCUGCCGACGAUAAACUGGUCCGUCUGCAGCUGGCGUCGACCGUCUUUCUUUGCAGGCGUUGCCAUCUUGGCGCUCACAAGCUCAUUCCCCUCAUGUACCCUGAUACCAUCACCCAUCAAUGCCUAACGAUCUCACCCCUCAAAGACGCCGUACCGUCAGAUCCCGCGAGGCGGCUCAACUCAAAAUCAUACUUUGCGCGCGAUACAUGGAAUACCGACUGCCUGAUGCGGGACGAGACGCUCUGCCGCGUUACGCAGGGUGUCGUUCGCUCUAUGGGGUUCAAUCCAGAAACAGCGUCCACUGCACAACUGGAUAUAUCCCCACUGCUUCUCGAAUGCCAGUCAUGUCCCAGAAACCGUAACGCAGACGGUACCCACACAAGCGUCGCGUACGGAUGGAGAGCAUUGGUUCGGCACUUUUACGAGAAGCAUAGAUCUGGGCCGGCGUCUACUGUGAAUGCAGCUGUUAUAAAGGACGGCCGCGUGCUCGAGUCCGGCAGCAGCGUCAAGUGCCUCAAGGCAGUGCUGUUCGAUCAGGUAUUCCUGAGCACUCACUGUCGAGACCUUCCCUGCGAAGACUACACACGGCCUUUUGAUGGCUUAAUAAAGCACAUCACCGACACGCAUCAUAUUCAGGUUCCCAGGAUGACUAUUGACUGGUACGAGGAGUUCGCGUGGAGUAAGGAGUCGAUGCACCCGCGUUUGAAAGUGGACAUCUGCAUUGCCUGAGAAUGGCUGUUUCUUGCUGAGUUUCUAUUUGCCUGUAUAACUGUAGACUGAAUAGCUUUGACUGUAGAAAACAUAUGCACUGUAUCGAACCUGUUGUAGAUUGGGAUGUAUCAAUAGCCAAGAAGGCACUGCAAUCGCAUAUGUUGUAUUUUCGAACCUUGUGCUCAUGCUUCGGCACGGGUCGCGGUUUUCUCAGGAACUUCGGACUGACUCAUUCCCGGAGCAAUCGGCAGUUCAAAGAUGAAGAUUGGUUAACUGUGCAAGGUGG